CUGGGAACGGACCGAGCCAGGAUGAUGUUGGCAACGCACGCGCCACCUUAUUUCCUGAUUAAGUCCCACCGUCUCCUCUUCGCCUCGUCUUUACUCCUGUCAUUCCCUAUUCCGACUACUUCGCGGCCGCUCUCAUUCACCACCUCCGCCGCUAGGCUUCUUCUCCGCGUCAAGCCUCGCCGAUUCGCCACCAUGGCUGCGGAUAGUCCAUCCGCUCUCGUUUCUCCGCCGGCUCAUGUAGUUGGACCCUGGUACUCCGUCCCGGAACUCCGGCUUCGCGACCAUCGAUUCACGGUUCCCCUCGACUAUUCCUCCGUCGAUCGCCAUGUUUCUCCGAAGCUCACCGUCUUCGCUCGCGAAGUUGUAGGCGUCGGGAAAGAAGACCAAUUGCUGCCCUACCUAUUGUACCUUCAAGGUGGCCCGGGCUUCGAGUGUCCACGUCCGUCUGAAUCUAGUGGAUGGUUACAAAAGGCUUGCGAGGAAUUUCGUGUUGUUCUCAUGGAUCAGAGAGGAACAGGGUUGUCUACUCCCUUGACACCUUCAUCUAUGUCUCAGUUGGGUUCUGCAGAGAAGGUGGUUGAGUACUUGAAACACUUUCGUGCGGACAAUAUAGUGAAGGAUGCUGAGUUUAUCCGAGUUCGACUUGUUCCUGAUGCUGGACCUUGGACAAUUUUGGGUCAGAGUUAUGGUGGUUUUUGUGCAGUGACUUAUCUGAGUUUUGCACCUCGAGGACUAAAGCAAGUGCUUCUAACUGGAGGGAUACCUCUUGUAGCGGAUCACUGUACUGCAGAUACUGUCUACAGAGCAUGCAGUGAACAGGUUAUUCAGCAGAAUGCAAAGUACUAUGAAAGGUUCCCUCAUGAUGUUGAAGUUGUUCGUGAAGUUGUGAAGUAUUUAGCUAAUGCUGAAGGAGGCGGGGUGCCUCUUCCAUCAGGGGGAAUCCUGACCCCAAAAGGACUGCAAACUCUUGGUCUUUCCGGUUUGGGAUCUAGUUCAGGUUUUGAACGUUUGCAUUAUUUGUUUGAGAGAGUAUGGGAUCCCAUUAUAGUUCCGGGAUCAAAGAAGCAAAUCAGUGACUACUUCUUGAAUGGUUUUGACAAUUGGUUGGAUUUUGGUACAAAUCCACUCUAUGCUCUCAUGCAUGAAUCUAUAUACUGUCAGGGUGCCUCAUCACGGUGGUCUGCUCAUAGAAUAAGGGGGGAGUAUGACGAUAAAUUCAAUGCAAUCAGAUCCAUUGAAGAGGGCCGCCCUGUAUUUUUCACAGGAGAGAUGGUGUUUCCAUGGAUGUUUGACGAAGUUUUUGCCUUGAAGAAAUAUAAAGAUGUUGCUCAUUUGUUGGCUGAAAAGCAGGAUUGGCCUCCUUUGUACGACCCUGCUGUGCUAAGCUGCAACAAGGUGCCGGUGGCAGCUGCUGUCUAUUAUGAUGAUAUGUACGUCAACUUCAAGCUGGCGAUGGAGACAGCCUCCAAAAUCGCAGGGAUUAGGCUAUGGAUAACGAAUGAGUACAUGCACUCUGGUCUUCGAGACGCAGGUGGGCAGGUGUUGGACCAUCUGCUGGGGAUGCUGAAUGGUAAGAAGCCUUUGUUCUGAUACUACAACGACAUACGGUUGCAAUGUCGUUUGUCCCCCUCGCAGUCGACAUAUGUCUAUUCGUCAAUAGAUGGCCAGAGAGCCGUUGUAAGCUUCAUGUGGGUGAAUAAAAAUGGCGUCCCGUUUAGUUUGUGGUAGUCAGAGACAGUUGAAGUUGGUUGGUUUUGGAAUAUAACAAUUUUUACACUUCGUGAUAUGUCUUGUUAGUGAAGGUUGGAGACCGUAGACCUCCAUUACCUUGCAGGUUCGGCACUCUGAGAGAGUGGUGUGAAAGAGAAGGUAAUAGAUGAGAAUGUUAGCAGAAAGUUUCUUAAACAGGUGAACUAAUUGGGAGUGGUUGCUUGAGGAGUAAGGUCUCUUCUUUCCGGAGGCGUAUUGCUGACGUCUGAGGAAACACGUCAAAAGUUGGGGCAACUUUCUCUGUCGUUCCAUAUUUGUGGAUCCUGAGCAACAUGCUAUUUAAAACAAGGGGAAAAGGGCACAUGGGUUUUCCUUUGUAUUUUGGAAUUUUGCAACUUGGGAUGGAACAUCGUUAUCUUUUCCUUUGUUGAAGUUUUACGUAUGAAUAUGAUGAGGCAGAGGCAGCGGCACCUCGGAGAAGCUUGA